UGUGGCCGGUGCCGCGAACAGAAGGCGUGUCCCCGAGUCAUGCAUAUAAUAGCCAGACGAGCGGCGCUCGGCAUUGGCUCGCCAGUGCUCGGCUCCCUGCACACCAGCGGACUCGCCGGCGGCCGCGUGCUCUCUACGAUGGCCCAGCGCACUUCCGAACAAGUGGUAUUCAACAAGCCGAAGGUUGAGCUGCAUGUGCACCUCGAUGGAGCCAUUCGGGUGCAGACUAUUCUUGACGUUGCCAAGAGACGCGGCAUCUGCCUGCCAGCAAAUACUGUGGGGGAGAUGACAUCGAUUAUUAUUGUCAAACAGCCUGUCACCCUCACCAAGUUCCUGGACAAGUUCGCCGAGUACAUGCACGUGGUUGCUGGAGACCGAGAGGCCAUAAAGAGGAUAGCCUAUGAGUUUGUUGAGGACAAAGCGAGGGAAGGAGUGAUUUAUGUUGAGGUUAGAUACAGCCCACAUUUUCUGGCUAACACUAAAGUGGAUCCCAUACCAUGGAACCAGGAAGAAGGUGACCUGAGCCCAGAUGAGGUGGUGCAGUUGGUUAACAAGGGCCUCAGUGAGGGGGAGAGGGCCUUUAAUAUCAAAGCCAGGUCCAUUCUAUGCUGCAUGCGCCACAUGCCAAGCUGGUCCAUGGACAUCGUCGAGCUGUGUAAGAAGUAUCGCCACGAGGGAGUGGUUGCCAUCGAUCUGGCGGGUGACGAGUUACUCAACUGCGAAGCCAAUCCGGAACAUAGCAAGGCGUACCAGGAAGCGGUGCGUUGUGGGAUACACAGGACAGUUCAUGCAGGAGAGGUGGGCCCGCCGUCUGUGGUGAGGGAGGCCGUGGAAGUGCUGAAAGCUGAACGCGUUGGACACGGUUACAGGACCCUGGAAGACCAAGCCCUGUACAAAAAACUGCUGGCUCAAAACAUGCACUUUGAGGUUUGUCCCGUUUCCAGUAAGCUGACGGGUGCAUGCGACCCCGACUUCACCAAGCACCCCGUCAUUACGUUCAGGAGGGACAAGGCUAACUACUCCCUGAACACAGAUGACCCUCUGAUCUUCAACUCAACCCUGCACCUCGACUACAGCACCGCACACAAGUACAUGGGAUUCACUGAGGAGGAGUUUAAACGAGUGAACAUCAAGGCUGCAGAGUCGUGCUUCCUGCCCGAGGAGGAGAAGAAAGAGCUCCUCCACAAACUGUAUGACGCCUAUGGGAUGAUACAAGACACCGCCUUUUAAAACCUGUUGAGGAAAUCUGAGGAGAAUAACAUGUCCUAACCCAAGGACAAAUCGCUCAGAACCCUUAAUCUCCCCACCUGACACAGGGGAAUGUCUUUUUACUCAUUUCUAACCAGAUAUAUAGCCUAUAGAAUAACAUAUCGGACUGCUGCCUUCACCUCACAUAUCUGUACAUCAUCAGCACCGGUGCUUGUAUUUUGUCUGUAUUCCAUCUAAGUACUCACAUCCCUUUAAUAGUUUCGUUUAACAUGAUUGUUCUGGAGGACGUCACGGUGCUCUGCAAGGUGCAAGAAAGUGUCAUCCAUUCAUGAAGUUAUUUUUUGUUUAACAUCGAAACGCUCGAUAUGUUGUUCAUCUUUUUUCCAUCUUGUUGUCGUAAAGAGAAUCAGGGAACCUUCAGGAAUCGUUCAUCUUUGUCACAGUUAAAACAUAAUGUUAUAUUAUGCUGAACGUUGGUGGUAAAGGGUGGAAGCACAGGAGGAAAGAUAAAUGAAAGCAGUGCAGGCUAUGAUCUUAAUGCCUAGGGGAAAAAAAUAUGGUCUACUGUGAAUAUUCAUUGUUUGGUUUACGGGUGAAAUAAGGAAAACCAGUGACAGAAACAUAAGCACUUUUUGCCCAGUACAUGCAAACCCACAGGACGCAUCAGGCAAAAACAGCUCAAUACCAAAAGCCUAGUCUUAUACUUGAACACUAGGUGGCACACUACUCUCAUUUAGAUGGGCAAACCACUGGUGACUUAAUGUGGUGUUUUGCAUUUGAUAAUUACUCUCUUAAUUAGCGUACUUAUUUAUUUUUUAAAUAUUUUUUCAUGUCUCUAAAUGAAAAAGCUAUUCCAUUUAUGACUGCCAUAUUUCACCACUUCUAAAAAACAGCUGACCAUAAUAAAAGCUAGUAUGCAAUGUUUCUGCAUGUCAGACUGUUUCUUUAUGCUGAUAAUCUACAGCACCUACAGCAACUUAAAUUAUUUUUCUAAGCCAGACCUUAUGCCCACUGAGCACUUUAUUAGGAACAGCCUGCUUCUUCACGUUGUUAUCCAAUUAAGCCAGGUACAGGUCAGGAGCUUCAGUUAAAGUUCGCAUCAAGCAUCAGAAAUGGGGAAAUUUGGGAUCUCAGUGACUGCGGGUUGGUUUGAGUAUUUCUGAAACUGCUGAUCUUCUGGGGAUUUAAAGCACUACUGCAGACAGGAACACCUUGUAGAUGGAACAGGUCGGAGGAGCACGGCCAGACUGGUUGGAGCUGACAGAAAGGCUACGGUAACUCAGAUAACCCCUCUUUAUAACUGUGGAGAGCAGAAAAGCAUCUCUGGAUGCACAACACGCCCAAAGUUGAAGCAGAUGGGCUACAAAAGCAGAAGACGACGUCGGGUUCCGCUCCUGUUUGCCAAGAACAGAAAUCUGAGGCUGCAGUGGGCACAGGCUCACCUAAACUGGGUGAACACUGCAAAAAAAAAAAAAAAAAACCUAGCCUGGUCUGAUGAAUCUCAAUUUCUACUGAGACAUGCAAAUUGUACUGUCAGAAUUCGGUGUCAACAGCAUGAAUUAAUGGACCCAACUUCCCUUAUGUCAACAGUCCAGACCGGUGGUGGUGGUGUAAUAGUGUGGGGAACGUUUUCUUGGCUCACUUUGGGCCCUUUUGAACCAAUCAAUCAUGGAUUGAAUGCCACAGCCUGUCUGAGUAUUGUUGCUGACGAUGUGCUUCCCUUUAUGGCCACAAUUUACCAUCUUCUAAUGGCUACUUCCAGCAGGAUAAUGCGCCGUGUCACAAAGCGAAAGUCAUUUCAAGCUGGUUUCAUGACCAUGACAGCGAGUUCAGUGAACUUCAGAGGCCUCCCCAGUCACCAGGUCUGAAUCCAGUAGAACACCUCUGGGAUGUGGUAGAAGAGGAGAUUGGCAGCGUGAAUCUGGAGCUGAAAAAUCUGCAGAAACGAUGUGAUGCAAUCGUGUCAGCAUGACCAGAAUCUCAAAGGCAAGUUUCCACCAUCUCGUGAAAUCGGUUCAAAGAAGAACUGAGGCUGCUCAGAGCAAAAGAAGGCCCUACCCAGUGUUGGUGUUCCUAAUAAAGUGCUCAGUGAUUGAAUAUGAAUAUGAAUGUGUAUAAAAUAUAGAGGAAUAUAAAGAGGAAAUGUGUUCUAGCCUUGCACUUAAAAAGAGUGGAGAUAAACUGCUGUUUCUUUGUUAUAUAAAGAGAUAAAUGGGAACGCUGGGAAAUGUAAUGUAGGUGGCAAUGUAAACACUGGCUUCCUGUGGCCAUCCUAAUGUACACAAGAGCUGCAUUUGGAAAUACUUGUGGCUCUGGAACAACUCAGCGCUGAUCUUAUUAGUCCUGGUUGGCUGGGACUCAUUACCUUUACAGCUCC